AAUACCGUAUUUUUUUUACAACAAAAUUCUCUUACCAAAUUGUAUGACAGGAAAGACGUAAAAAAGCCCUAAAAAGUAACCACGUGGCAGAAACCAUCAUCUAAUUCCUCACCAUGCCAGAAUCCAAUUUCACAAUAAAAUCACAACCUUUGAUCAACAAAACGGCUCUUAGACUUCCUCCAAAUCCAACGGCUGAAAUUGCACCGAUCAUUCAUGUACUCUUUUUUGACCCUAAAUCAAGGUCCCAAUCACAAAAUCAUAACGUUAGAAUAACCAAAUCUCUAUUGAUUAAACAAACAAUCUUUUUCCCCAAACACAUCAUUACCCCCAAAAAAACUCAACUUUCUCUCUCCUCUCUUUUCUCUCUCUUCGUCAAAAUUCGACCGUUGGAAAGGAAAAAAAAAUCACAUUUUUACAAACCCAGAAAAAACAGAGCAAAUUUACUCAAACAAUUAGAUCGAUCAAUGGCUGAAACAUUAACCCUUGAUCCAAAAACCCUACUUCUUUCUCAUUAUUCUGAUCCAAGCAAUAACUCUUUUCAAUUAAUUACUGAUCCUUACUUCAUGGAACGUGGGCCUAGAUACAACGCCUACGCUCAACUCAGAGAAUCAAAUCUCCGAUCAAAAAGACUCAAAUUUGAGGAAGAUCAGCAGUUUUUGGAGAUACCCAGAUUAGAUUCUUCACCAGAAAAGAAAAAUGAAGUCAGGUUUCAGGGGAAUUUACUGGGUAAUUGUACAAAAAUUGAGGAAGAUGAACAAUUUCUGGAAAUACCCAGGUCAGAAUUCUCACCAGCAAAGAAGAAAAAUGUCAUAUUUCAGGGGAAUUUGUUGGGUAACUGUAAAAAAAUUGAGGAAGAUGAACAAUUUCUGGAGAUGAUACCCAGGUCAGAAUUUUCACCAGCGAAGAAAAAUGUAAGUUUUCAGGGGAAUUUACUGGGUAAAAGUAAGAGAAUCAAGGAAGAAGAACAGAUUUUAGAGAUACCCAGAUCAGAAUUUUCACCAGCAAAGAAGAAUUUAAGGUUUCAGGGGAAUUUACAGAGUAACAGUAAAAAACAGGGGUACUCUGUUUUGGCUCAAUCAGUGCCUGAUUUUUCUUCUGCAUUAAGGAAAGAGAAUCGGAAACCGUCUGAGAAUCGGAUUCCGAGGUUUGAGAAGAGCGCAACACCUCCGCCAUCGAUGUCGAAAAGGGAGAAAAUGAUGGGAAGUGGGAGUAAAUUAGGGGGUAUUGGAAGUAAAUCUGUGAAUUCAGGGGAAAAACAGAGCAGUGGGAAGUUGAUGAGUAUGGGAAGAAAGAGUUAUGCUAGUAUUGAUGAAUUGAAGGGUUUGUCAAUUGCUGCUGCUAAUGCUAUUAAUGGUGAAAAUAAGGUUGCAAAGAAGAGUGGUAAUAGUAGUGUUUUGAGGAAGAGCACUGUUUUUAGUACUAGAUAUUAUUGAUUUUAUGAUUUCAUUUUUUUUUCUCAUUAUAUUCUUUGAUUGAUAUUGUUGUGUUUAGGUUAAUUUUUGCCAUUAUCAGUUCUUUUUUCUUGUGUUAUAUACUUCAUAUAGUUUGAAUGUUGA